AUGCUUGGAUUGGGUGCCCAGCAACGAAGGACCCUGUCUCAGCAACUGGAAUCUCCCGAAAGCGGCGCAGCAUGCUUCGACACAUCGGAGACGGGCGACCACCGUUUGAGGGUGACACUGAACAAGGCGCCUAUGCAACAGAAUGACGGGAACGUCCUACGCCACUCUCGACUACGUUCCGUGGCAGACGGAGCAGCAGAAAAAUCAAUAGUUGGCGAAUUCCCAAAAGACAUUCGGUCACUGGUGAAAAUUCGAGGCACCGGGGCCGUACAUGAGAGUAUUCUAAGAUUUGGAACAUACGGCCGAAAAGCAGGCCUCCGCCGUUUCAGUAACUUAUACGCGCCUUUCCGCCUUUCCACGUCACAGCACGACGUGUCCCAAAGGCCCAUUUGUCUCCGCUUGUACUCCUUUCACGACGUCGACCUGUCUCCCCCCGGAGUCAUUGGUAAAAUGUUCGAAUUCGCUGCAUUCGUCGAGUUCGCGGCGAGUGAUCUUUUCUCUAACAUUGCUCUCGGCGGCCUCUUCAUUUCCGGGCGGGAGUCUUCCUUUUUACUGGGAUCUUUGUCGACGACUCUCUGUCACUCGCUCGCCUUCUCGCUCAAGCUCAAGCUUCCAGAUCGUAUAUGCACAAAGAAUCUUAGUACACCUCCGCCUGAAGCACGGCAAACACUCUCCUUCUACUCCCGAUCCGCCGUCCUCACUGCCACUUGCACGACAUAUUAUCACAUUAGUUUCCGCUGUCCCCGCGCCAACUUUGCACUCCGAUCCACCACAACAUUGGGUGCGGUGACGACGUGUUUACCAUGCGUUCAACGCCAUCUCUUGUUCGGCCUCUCUCGUUGGGAAGCUUCCAAGCUACUUAUCAGAUCAAGGGAAGAGAUUAGUUCUUGGCAAUUAAACGCUCUUCGGGGUCCUGGGAUAAUUUUGAGCGCUCAUGUGACGGCAGGGCGGAUAGGCCGGGAUGGCGCUAUCGACGCUCGAGGCUGUCCACUAGACGAAAUAACCGUUUCCCGUUCAAAGCGAAAAUCAAGACCACCUUUUUUAUCUCUUCACAAUACUGCGAAAUCAAACGAUCCUUCUCACGAUGGCCAUAUCGGGUCUGGUUCGACUGUUCACUGUAAAACGUCCGGGCGGGUGAAAGGUAACCCCAGCGCACGUCUGGCGCCUCAACUGGCUAACGUCAGUGUUACCCAUAUAUCACCCACGGGAUGUUAUCAUGCCUGUUUUUAUUCCCUCCUCCGCAAAGAUCAAUCCUCCACCUUGACGGCAUUUGAAGGUACAGCGCCCGGCAGGAUCACGAACGAUAACAAAAUCCGCUUCCGAGCUUGGCCCGUACUCAUUUUCUUUCCUUUCUUGUUCCUCCCGUGUCCACUUUUUGCUUUUCUCGCGACACAGGUCGGGUCCGGAAUGCUUGUGAAUUUAACGGCUUUGGGGUGCCACUGUUCCGUGCCGGAUCCAUUUCUCAAGCCUCCAAGUAUCCACCUUCUUUGGAGCCUCGCGUUGAUGCUUUUCUCGUCAUGGGUAGCGGACUCACCCGCUCAUGGUUGUGAGUGGCCACUUUGGGGGACUUCUGACACUGUUAUGUUCGUGGCCCCCUCGUUAUUGGUGAUCACGGCAAUAUCGACAUUCCUGACCGACGUGUCGGACGUGUGUUCUGUUGCUUUUGUAGGCGCCACGUCCUUGUUUGCAUCACGGCGCAAGGUUGUUAUCGAUGGGACUGCUGUCCCUGCGUGGCGCCAUAGGCUUAAAAGAGCCAGACUGUACCCGACAUUCCGCCGGCACAAUCCUUGCAAAAUACUCUAUGUCAACGACGCCGACCGCCCCGUGUCCUUUCUCCAAGGCGCGAAUUCCCGCCCUUCAUACCGCUUUUGGAGUCACUGCAAGCAUGCUCGAUAUAGCCUCUCGUUUUGCGGCGCCUGA